UCACAUUUUAUCACAUUUUAAAUCAUUUAUCAACAAUAAUCUUUAUUACAAAAUGAUUCAAAAGAAAUGAUUAAAAGAAUUAUAGCACGUUACUUUCCCGAUCGAGGACAAUGGAUGAUAAUUGAUCCAUCAUUACUGACAAAUAAAAAAGUGAAAACAUCAAAUGUUAAUCUUUAACUUGAACCAUAUAAAUUAAUUGGUUUUACUGUGCUUGGUAUACUUGAAGGUGAACAUAUAACAACAGAAGAUUUUGAUACUUAUUUUGAUAAAAUAAAAAGACAAGAAAUUGAACAAGAAAAAGAAGAAAAAAGAAUUAAUCGUGAAAGAAAUCGAACUGAAAAUGAUCGUAAUCAACAAAAUGGAAAUAGUGGACGUCGAAAAUCACCAUAA